UGUCCCAUCAUUGGUGUCAGUGGGGGGAGUAAUAGUGCCCCAUCAUUGGUGUCAGUGAGGGGAGAAAACAGUGCCCCAUCGUUGGUGUCAGUGGGGGGAGGCAUAGUCCCCCAUCGUUGGUGUCAGUGGGGGGAGGAAUCGUGCCCCAUCAUUGGUGUCAGUGGGGGGAGGAAU